AUGAAACCGCUAUCCGAGAAUUCGCUUCCAUACACUGAGAGCGACAAUUCGGCCCGAGAUACGCGUCAUGGGCGUAACACCACCUCCUCGUCCAUCUCAUGCCAUUCGGAUCCUUUUGCGAAAUCUGGAAUUGAGGUUGAGGAUGGCGUUCAGCUACGUGACUUCUCGUCUCCCGGUCCUGUCAUGUCUCGCUGCAUGAGCCCAGACCCAAACAGAUUUGUUGCUGAACGUCCAUCACGACUCGACAAUGCGGACACUGGCCUCACUGUGCCAAAGAUCAAUGAGCUUUCAAGCGAUGAUCAUGCUGCUUCUGAGUGGGAGACGGUCGCUGGAGAAGAUGCGUUUGAAAGUUAUGCCGAAUCUUCAUUUCGACCACUGAGACGUCAAGGCAACUUCAAUUUUGGGAACAAACAGCAGAGCCAGUCUCAGCCUAAUCAGAAUCUCUGGGUACCGCAAACGCACAACUUUGAGCUCGUCGCACCUGGCGACCCGUCCCUCCGACCGUCCGUGCGAAAUGUGCCGAGAUCAGCUCCCCGUUUGCACUCGUUUCACUCCGUGUCCAGCUUCUACAGCGAAUCGGCUCGCAACAAAGACCCAGACACUCGCGUCCCUUGCGAUCCCGAGGACUAUCCUCAGGACAAUCAUACACAGAAUGCACUUGGGAUGUACUCCCGGGCCUCGUCCGACAGCGAUGAAGACCCUUUCAAGUAUGACACAGAUGCAUACUCGGGCUUUCUACGUUCAUCAGCCGAGCGAGAAAAUGUCGAUGAAGAGGUCAAAGUUCCAGUUCAUCGGGAGGAAAAAGCGACCCGCCGUGUUCCAGUCCCUGAUAGACGACUGCAAGGUGAAAUUGCUUCUCUUGUCAUGAACCGACCUCUCACUGGUACGGAGGGUGAUUGGCAGACUGUCACUACCGAGCAUGCUUUCGAUUCGAUGCAGCAAGACUAUCACGACAGCAUUGCAAAGGGAACUGGAAGCAGUGUCGCUGAUGUCUCCGACGUGACGGAGCGUGAACUUCAUCUUCGCUCUUACGGAUCAGCAGACAGAAUCAUUCGACAUCCUCCUGGUAACAAUAAAUAUGGCUCAUACCGUGUUCGCACCGACAGACGAACGAAACUCCCCGUGUCUGUCCCGCAGUAUGGCGUAGGUCCUGGAACUUAUGCCUCCAACACAACGCGCAACUUUUCCCAGACCAAGUCCCGAUUGCCUGAAUCUACUACUCGUUUCUCCAACCUGUUUCGCAGAGAGCCGUCUGAGCAGACAACUGACCAUGAGAACAUCCUACUCGCAGACCUGCCUCCAAAGAGAGGCAGCUAUCAGAGCCUCGACUCGGACGCAGCUCCUCAUGGAAAUGUCCAAACCGAUGAAACAAUUUCGCCUGAUGGUGAAAGGUACUUCGGUUUCAGUUGGAAUCGAAUCCGCAAGAAUCUUGGUCGUGAUCCUCCCAAGACCCCCUUGACCAUUUUUGACAAGCCACUGUACAAAAGACGGUUCCAAGAGUCCAACUCGGACAAACCUGCACAUGUUCCUCACGAUGAUUUUCUGUCCAAGAUUCCUCGCCUUCCUUUUCCUCUUGUCAGUCUUCCUGAGGCUGCGAUGUUGCAGCAGUUCAAACGACAGAGUGGUGAAGAGGAUCACAGUCAGAGUGCAGGCAACUUUGGGGCCAGGGGAAGAUCGAACACUAUCAGCACUGAAAACUCACCUACUGUCCCAAAGACUCCUUCUCCUGCUAAGAGAAGCUUCUGGCCUUCGUCCAUGAGUGAUGGUGUUAAGCGACCUGCACCUAUUCUUCACCUUCAUCGACUACCCCAGGCCCAUCGUCCCCGUGACUCAAAUGAGAGAGUCACUGACAUGCUAGUCUCAUCCUCUGCUAUCCUCGAUACUCCCCCUCCCACCGACCCAAAGUCAAGCACUCACCGUGUGUGGUAUCGAAACUUCCAGCCAAGCAUUUCCACUGCUCGCACUGGAAUCCAUACUCCUGGAUUUUCCACCAGCGUCAAUGGUCGACGAGUUGGUCGCUGCCAAUCUGAGCUCGAUCCCCUUGGCGACAGCCCUUUCACUCAGAGAGAGGCUCGUCUUAUCGAGGAGGCCCGCGAGGAUAUUCGUAUCCACCGCCAGCAUGCUGACAUGGUCGCCCAGCGAGGAAAGCGAAUGUUCAUGUGGGUAAUGAUACUUACCCUCUUUUUCCCUUUCAUCGGACCCAUCGUUCUCUACGGCAAGCUCAACUCGACUAUCUCGUGGUACACUCACGGAGAAAUGCAGUGUCUCACCAAAGACCAGCGCGGCACUCUCAAGCAGCAACUUCUCGUCGAGGCUGUUGUCUAUCCCGCUCUUAUCAUCGCCCUUUCGGUGCACUACUCGAUUUGA